AUGUCGAUGACGUGUAGUGCAUCUACAACAACAGAAGCUAUCACUACAACUAUUGAACCUACAACAACAGAAGCUCUGACUACAACUGUUGAACCUACUACAACGAUAGCUGUCACUACAGCUGUUGAAUCUACAACAACAGAAGCUGUCACCACAUCUGUAGAAUCUACAACAACGGAAGCUGCCACAACUGUAGAACCUACUACAACAGAAGCUAUCACUACAACUGUAGAACCUACCACAACAGAAGCUAUAACUACAACUGUAGAACCUACUACAACAGAAGCUAUCACUACAGCUGUUGAUUCUACAACAACAGAAGCUGUCACCACAUCUGUAGAACCUACAACAACGGAAGCUGCCACUACAACUGUAGAACCUACAACAACAGAAGCUAUCACUACAACUGUAGAACCUACCACAACAGAAGCUAUAACUACAACUGUAGAACCUACUACAACAGAAGCUAUCACUACAACUGUUGAACCUACUACAACAGAAGCUGCCACAACAUCUGUAGAACCUACUACAACAGAAGCUAUAACUACAACUGUAGACCGAACUACAACAGAAGCUGCCACUACAACUGUACAACCUACAACAAAAGAAGCUGAUACUACAACUGUAGAACUUACUACAACAGAAUCUAUCACUACAACUGUAAAACCUAUUACAACAGAAGCUAUAACUACAACUGUUGAACCUACAACAACAGAAGCUGCCACUACAUCUGUAGAACCUACUACAACAGAAUAUGACACUACAACUUUAGAACCUACUACAAUAGAAGCUGCCACUGCAACUGUUGGACCUACUACAACGGAGGCUGUCACUACAACUGUAGGACCUACCACAACUGAGGCUGCCACUACAACUCUUGAACCUACUACAAAAGAUGAUGUUACUACAACUUUAAAACCUACUACACCAGACGCCCCCACUACAACUGAAGAACAUACAACAGAAGCUAUCACUACAUUUGUUGAAUCUACUACAACGGAAUCUGCCACUACAAUUGUAGAACCUACUACAAUAGAAGCUACCACCACAACUGUAGAACCUACAACAACGAAAGCCAUCACUACAACUGUUGAACCAACUACAAUAGAAGCUAUCACUUCUACUGUAGAAGCUACAGCAGCAGAGGCUCCUACUACAACUGUUGAACUUACUACAACAGAAGCUGCAACUACAACUGUAGAACCUACAACAACGGAAGCUGUCACUACAACUGUAGAACCUACAACAACGGAAGCUGCCACUACAACUGUAGAACCUACAACAACGGAAGCUGCCACUACAACUGUAGAACCUACAACAACGGAAGCCAUCACUACAACUGUUGAACCAACUACAACAGAAGCUAUCACUUCUACUGUAGAAGCUACAAUAACAGAGGCUCCUACUACAACUGUUGAACUUACUACAACAGAAGCUGCAACUACAACUGUAGAACCUACAACAACGGAAGCUGUCACUACAACUGUUGAACUUACAACAACGGAAGCUGCCAUAACAACUGUAGAACCUACAACAACGGAAGCUGCCACUACAACUGUAGAACCUACAACAACAGAAGCCAUCACUACAACUGUUGAACCAACUACAACAGAAGCUAUCACUUCUACUGUAGAAGCUACAACAACAGACGCUCCUACUACAACUGUUGAACUUACUACAACAGAAGCUGCAACUACAACUGUAGAACCUACAACAACAGAAGCUGUCACUACAACUGUAGAACCAACUACAACAGAAGCUAUCACUUCUACUGUAGAAGCUACAACAACAGAGGAUCCUACUACAACUGUUGAACUUACUACAACAGAAGCUGCAACUACAACUGUAGAACCUACAACAACGGAAGCUGUCACUACAACUGUUGAACCAACUACAACAGACGCUAUCACUUCUACUGUAGAAGCUACAACAACAGAGGCUCCUACUAAAACUGUUGAACUUACUACAUCAGAAGCUGCAACUACAACUGUAGAACCUACAACAACGGAAACUGUCACUACAACUGUAGAACCUACAACAACGGAAGCUGCCACUACAACUGUAGAAGAUACAACAACGGAAGUUGUCACUACAACUAUUGAACCAACUACUACAACAGAAGCUAUCACUUCUACUGUAGAAGCUACAAUAACAGAGGCUCCUACUACAACUGUUGAACUUACUACAACAGAAGCUGCAACUACAACUGUACAACCUACAACAACGGAAGCUGCCACUACAACUGUUGAACCUACAACAACGGAAUCCAUCACUACAACUGUUGAACUUACUACAACAGAAGCUGCAACUACAACUGUACAACCUACAACAACGGAAGCUGCCACUACAACUGUUGAACCUACAACAACGGAGGCCAUCACUACAACUGUUGAACCAACUACAACAGAAGCUAUCACUUCUACUGUAGAAGCUACAACAACAGAGUCUCCUACUACAACUGUUGAACUAACUACAACAGAAUCUGCAACUACAGCUGUAGAAUCUACAACAACAGAAGCUGUCACUACAACUGUAGAACCUACAACAACGGAAGCCACCACUACAACUGUUGAACCUACAACAACAGAAGCUAUUACUACAACUGUUGAACCUACAACAACAGAAGCUAUCACUACAACUGUCGAACCUACUACAACGGAAGCUGUCACUAAAUCUACAACAACAGAAGCUGCCACUACAUCUGUAGAACCUACUACAACAGAAGCUGUCACUACAACUGUUGAACCUACUACAAUAGAAGCUACCACUACAACUUUAGAACCUACUACAACGGAAGUUGCUACUACAACUGUAGAACCUACUACAACAGAAGCUAUCACUACAACUGUAGAACCUACUACAACGGAGGUUGCUACUACAACUGUAGAACCUACAACAACAGAAGAUGUCACUACAACUGUUGAACCUUUAACAACAGAAGCUAUCAUUACAACUGUUGAACCUACAACAACAAAAGCUAUCACUACAACUGUAGAACCUACAACAACAGAAGCUGCCACUACAACUGUUGAACCUACAACAACAGAAGCUAUCACUACAACUGUUCAACCUACAACAACAGAAGCUAUCACUACAACUGUUGAACCUACUACAACGGAGGUUGCUACUACAACUGUAAAACCUACAACAACAGAAGAUGUCACUUCAACUGUUGAACCUACAACAACAGAAGCUAUCACUACUACUGUAGAACCUACAACAACAGAGGCUCCUACUACAACUGUUGAACUUACUACAACAGAAGCUGCAACUACAACUAUAGAACCUACAACAACGGAAGCUGUCACUACAACUGUUGAACCAACUACCACUACAACUGUAGAACCUACAACAACGGAAGCUGCUACUACAACUGUAGAACCUACUACAACAGAAGCUAUCACUACAACUGUAGAACCUACUACAACGGAGGUUGCUACUACAACUGUAGAACCUACAACAACAGAAGAUGUCACUACAACUGUUGAACCUUUAACAACAGAAGCUAUCACUACAACUGUUGAACCUACAACAACAAAAGCUAUCACUACAACUGUAGAACCUACUACAACGGAGGUUGCUACUACAACUGUAAAACCUACAACAACAGAAGCUAUCACUACUACUGUAGAACCUACAACAACAGAGGCUCCUACUACAACUGUUGAACUAACUACAACAGAAGCUGCCACUACAACUGUAGAACCUACAACAUUGGAAGCUGUCACUACAACUGUAGAACCUACAACAACGGAAGCUACCACUACAACUGUAGAACCUACAACAACGGAAGCUGCCACUACAACUGUAGAACCUACAACAACGGAAGCCAUCACUACAACUGUAGAACCUACUACAACAGAAGCUAUCACUUCUACUGUAGAAGGUACAACAAUAGAGGCUCCUACUACAACUGUUGAACUUACUACAACAGAAGCUGCAACUACAGCUGUAGAAUCUACAACAACAGAAGCUGUCACUACAACUGUAGAACCUACAACAACGGAAGCUGCUACUACAACUGUAGAACCUACUACAACAGAAGCUAUCACUACAACUGUAGAUCCUACUACAACGGAGGUUGCUACUACAACUGUAGAACCUACAACAACAGAAGAUGUCACUACAACUGUUGAACCUUUAACAACAGAAGCUAUCACUACAACUGUUGAACAUACAACAACAAAAGCUAUCACUACAACUGUAGAACCUACUACAACGGAGGUUGCUACUACAACUGUAAAACCUACAACAACAGAAGAUGUCACUUCAACUGUUGAACCUACAACAACAGAAGCUAUCGCUACUACUGUAGAACCUACAACAACAGAGGCUCCUACUACAACUGUUGAACUAACUACAACAGAAGCUGCCACUACAACUGUAGAACCUACAACAACGGAAGCUGCCACUACAACUGUAGAACCUACAACAACGGAAGCUGCCACUACAACUGUAGAACCUACAACAACGGAAGCUGCCACUACAACUGUAGAACCAACUACAACAGAAGCUAUCACUUCUACUGUAGAAGCUACAACAACAGAGGCUCCUACUACAAUUGUCGAACUUACUACAACAGAAGCUGCAACUACAACUGUAGAACCUACAACAACGGAAGCUGUCACUACAACUGUUGAACCAACUACAACGGAAGCUGCCACUACAACUGUAGAACCUACUACAACGGAAGCUGUCACUACAACUGUUGAACCAACUACAACAGAAGCUAUCACUUCUACUGUAGAAACUACAACAACAGAGGCUCCUACUACAACUGUCGAACUUACUACAACAGAAGCUGCAACUACAACUGUAGAACCUACAACAACGGAAGCUGUCACUACAACUGUUGAACCAACUACAACAGAAGCUAUCACUUCUACUGUAGAAGCUACAGCAACAGAGACUCCUAUUACAACUAUUGAACUUACUACAACAGAAGCUGCAACUACAGCUGUAGAAUCUACAACAACAGAAGCUGUCACUACAACUGUAGAACCGACAACAACGGAAGCUGCUACUACAACUGUAGAACCUACUACAACAGAAGCUAUCACUACAACUGUAGAACCUACUACAACGGAGGUUGCUACUACAACUGUAGAACCUACAACAACAGAAGAUGUCACUACAACUUUUGAACCUUUAACAACAGAAGCUAUCACUACAACUGUUGAACCUACAACAACAAAAGCUAUCACUACUACUGUAGAACCUACAACAACAGAAGCUGCCACUACAACUGUUGAACCUACAACAACAGAAGCUAUCACUACAACUGUUGAACCUACUACAACGGAGGUUGCUACUACAACUGUAAAACCUACAACAACAGAAGAUGUCACUUCAACUGUUGAACCUACAACAACAGAAGCUAUCACUACUACUGUAGAAACUACAACAACAGAGGCUCCUACUACAACUGUUGAACUUACUACAACAGAAGCUGCAACUACAACUGUAGAACCUACAACAACGGAAGCUGUCACUACAACUGUAGAACCUACAACAACGGAAGCUGUCACUACAACUGUAGAACCUACAACAACGGAAGCUGCCAUAACAACUGUAGAACCUACAACAACGGAAGCUGCCACUACAACUGUAGAACCUACAACAACGGAAGCCAUCACUACAACUGUUGAACCAACUACAACAGAAGCUAUCACUUCUACUGUAGAAGCUACAACAACAGAGACUCCUACUACAACUGUCCAACUUACUACAACAGAAGCUGCAACUACAACUGUAGAACCUACUACAACGGAAGCUGUCACUACAACUGUAGAACCAACUACAACAGAAGCUAUCACUUCAGCUACAACAACGGAAGCUGCCACUACCACUGUAGAACCUACAACAACGGAAGCUGCCACUACAACUGUAGAACCUACAACAACGGAAGCCAUCACUACAACUGUUGAACCUACAACAACAGAAGCUAUUACUACAACUGUUGAACCUACUACAACAGAAGCUGUCACUACAACUGUUGAAUCUACAACAACAGAAGCUGUCACUACAACUGUUGAACCAACUAAAAGAGAAGCUAUCACUUAUACUGUAGAAGCUACAACAACAGAGGCUCCUACUACAACUGUUGAACUUACUACAUUAGAAGCUGCAACUACAACUGUAAAACCUACAACAAAGGAAGCUGUCACUACAACUGUAGAACCUUUAACACCGGAAGCUGUCACUACAACUGUUGAACCAACUACAACAGAAGCUAUCACUUCUACUGUAGAAGCUACAGCAACAGAGGCUCCUACUACAACUGUUGAACUUACUACAACAGAAGCUGCCACUACAACUGUUGAACCUACAACAACAGAAGCUAUCACUACAACUGUUCAACCUACAACAACAGCAGCUAUCACUACAACUGUUGAACCGACAACAACGGAAGCUGCUACUACAACUGUAGAACCUACUACAACAGAAGCUAUCACUACAACUGUAGAACCUACUACAACGGAGGUUGCUACUACAACUGUAGAACCUACAACAACAGAAGAUGUCACUACAACUUUUGAACCUUUAACAACAGAAGCUAUCACUACAACUGUUGAACCUACAACAACAAAAGCUAUCACUACUACUGUAGAACCUACAACAACAGAAGCUGCCACUACAACUGUUGAACCUACAACAACAGAAGCUAUCACUACAACUGUUGAACCUACUACAACGGAGGUUGCUACUACAACUGUAAAACCUACAACAAAGGAAGCUGUCACUACAACUGUAGAACCUUUAACACCGGAAGCUGUCACUACAACUGUUGAACCAACUACAACAGAAGCUAUCACUUCUACUGUAGAAGCUACAGCAACAGAGGCUCCUACUACAACUGUUGAACUUACUACAACAGAAGCUGCCACUACAACUGUUGAACCUACAACAACAGAAGCUGCAACUACAGCUGUAGAAUCUACAACAACAGAAGCUGUCACUACAACUGUAGAACCGACAACAACGGAAGCUGCUACUACAACUGUAGAACCUACUACAACAGAAGCUAUCACUACAACUGUAGAACCUACUACAACGGAGGUUGCUACUACAACUGUAGAACCUACAACAACAGAAGAUGUCACUACAACUUUUGAACCUUUAACAACAGAAGCUAUCACUACAACUGUUGAACCUACAACAACAAAAGCUAUCACUACUACUGUAGAACUUACAACAACAGAAGCUGCCACUACAACUGUUGAACCUACAACAACAGAAGCUAUCACUACAACUGUUGAACCUACUACAACGGAGGUUGCUACUACAACUGUAAAACCUACAACAACAGAAGAUGUCACUUCAACUGUUGAACCUACAACAACAGAAGCUAUCACUACUACUGUAGAAACUACAACAACAGAGGCUCCUACUACAACUGUUGAACUUACUACAACAGAAGCUGCAACUACAACUGUAGAACCUACAACAACGGAAGCUGUCACUACAACUGUAGAACCUACAACAACGGAAGCUGUCACUACAACUGUAGAACCUACAACAACGGAAGCUGCCAUAACAACUGUAGAACCUACAACAACGGAAGCUGCCACUACAACUGUAGAACCUACAACAACGGAAGCCAUCACUACAACUGUUGAACCAACUACAACAGAAGCUAUCACUUCUACUGUAGAAGCUACAACAACAGAGACUCCUACUACAACUGUCCAACUUACUACAACAGAAGCUGCAACUACAACUGUAGAACCUACUACAACGGAAGCUGUCACUACAACUGUAGAACCAACUACAACAGAAGCUAUCACUUCUACUGUAGAAGCUACAGCAACAGAGACUCCUACUACAACUGUUGAACUUACUACAACAGAAGCUCUCACUACAACUGUAGAAGCUACAACAACGGAAGCUGCCACUACCACUGUAGAACCUACAACAACGGAAGCUGCCACUACAACUGUAGAACCUACAACAACGGAAGCCAUCACUACAACUGUUGAACCUACAACAACAGAAGCUAUUACUACAACUGUUGAACCUACUACAACAGAAGCUGUCACUACAACUGUUGAAUCUACAACAACAGAAGCUGUCACUACAACUGUUGAACCAACUAAAAGAGAAGCUAUCACUUAUACUGUAGAAGCUACAACAACAGAGGCUCCUACUACAACUGUUGAACUUACUACAUCAGAAGCUGCAACUACAACUGUAAAACCUACAACAAAGGAAGCUGUCACUACAACUGUAGAACCUUUAACACCGGAAGCUGUCACUACAACUGUUGAACCAACUACAACAGAAGCUAUCACUUCUACUGUAGAAGCUACAGCAACAGAGGCUCCUACUACAACUGUUGAACUUACUACAACAGAAGCUGCCACUACAACUGUUGAACCUACAACAACAGAAGCUAUCACUACAACUGUUCAACCUACAACAACAGCAGCUAUCACUACAACUGUUGAACCUACUACAACAGAAGCUGUCACUACAACUGUAGAACCUACAACAACGGAAGCUGCUACUACAACUGUAGAACCUACUACAACAGAAGCUAUCACUACAACUGUAGAACCUACUACAACGGAGGUUGCUACUACAACUGUAGAACCUACAACAACAGAAGAUGUCACUACAACUUUUGAACCUUUAACAACAGAAGCUAUCACUACAACUGUUGAACCUACAACAACAAAAGCUAUCACUACUACUGUAGAACCUACAACAACAGAAGCUGCCACUACAACUGUUGAACCUACAACAACAGAAGCUAUCACUACAACUGUUGAACCUACUACAACGGAGGUUGCUACUACAACUGUAAAACCUACAACAACAGAAGAUGUCACUUCAACUGUUGAACCUACAACAACAGAAGCUAUCACUACUACUGUAGAAACUACAACAACAGAGGCUCCUACUACAACUGUUGAACUUACUACAACAGAAGCUGCAACUACAACUGUAGAACCUACAACAACGGAAGCUGUCACUACAACUGUAGAACCUACAACAACGGAAGCUGUCACUACAACUGUAGAACCUACAACAACGGAAGCUGCCAUAACAACUGUAGAACCUACAACAACGGAAGCUGCCACUACAACUGUAGAACCUACAACAACGGAAGCCAUCACUACAACUGUUGAACCAACUACAACAGAAGCUAUCACUUCUACUGUAGAAGCUACAACAACAGAGACUCCUACUACAACUGUCGAACUUACUACAACAGAAGCUGCAACUACAACUGUAGAACCUACAACAACGGAAGCUAUCACUACAACUGUAGAACCAACAACAACGGAAGCUGCCAUAACAACUGUAGAACCUACAACAACGGAAGCUGCCACUACAACUGUAGAACCUACAACAACGGAAGCCAUCACUACAACUGUUGAACCAACUACAACAGAAGCUAGCACUUCUACUGUAGAAGCUACAACAACAGAGGCUCCUACUACAACUGUUGAACUUACUACAACAGAAGCUGCAACUACAGCUGUAGAAUCUACAACAACAGAAGCUGUCACUACAACUGUAGAACCUACAACAACGGAAGCUGCUACUACAACUGUAGAACCUACUACUACAGAAGCUAUCACUACAACUGUAGAACUUACUACAACGGAGGUUGCUACUACAACUGUAGAACCUACAACAGAAGAUGUCACUACAACUGUUGAACCUUUAACAACAGAAGCUAUCACUACAACUGUUGAACCUACAACAACAAAAGCUAUCACUACAACUGUAGAACCUACUACAACGGAGGUUGCUACUACAACUGUAAAACCUACAACAACAGAAGAUGUCACUUCAACUGUUGAACCUACAACAACAGAAGAUGUCACUACAACUGUUGAACCUUUAACAACAGAAGCUAUCACUACAACUGUUGAACCUACAACAACGGAAGCUGUCACUACAACUGUAGAACCUACAACAACGGAAGCUGCCACUACAACUGUAGAACCUACAACAACGGAAGCUGCCACUACAACUGUACAACCUACAACAACGGAAGCCAUCACUACAACUGUACAACCUACAACAACGGAAGCCAUCACUACAACUGUAGAACCUACAACAACGGAAGCUGUCACUACAACUGUUGAAGCUACAGCAACAGAGACUCCUACUACAACUGUUGAACUUACUACAACAGAAGCUGCAACUACAGCUGUAGAAUCUACAACAACAGAAGCUGCCACUACAACUGUAGAACCUACAACAACGGAAGCCAUCACUACAACUGUUGAACCAACUACAACAGAAGCUAUCACUUCUACUGUGGAAGCUACAACAACAGAGGCUCCUACUACAACUGUCGAACUUACUACAACAGAAGCUGCAACUACAACUGUAGAACCUACAACAACGGAAACUGCUACUACAACUGUAGAACCUACAACAACGGAAGCCAUCACUACAACUGUAGAACCUACAACAACGGAAGCUGUCACUACAACUGUUGAACCAACUACAACAGAAGCUAUCACUUCUACUGUAGAAGCUACAGCAACAGAGACUCCUACUACAACUGUUGAACUUACUACAACAGAAGCUGCAACUACAGCUGUAGAAUCUACAACAACAGAAGCUGUCACUACAACUGUAGAACAUACAACAACGGAAGCUGCUAUUACAACUGUAGAACCUACUACAACAGAAGCUAUCACUACAACUGUAGAACCUACUACAACGGAGGUUGCUACUACAACUGUAGAACCUACAACAACAGAAGAUGUCACUACAACUGUUGAACCUUUAACAACAGAAGCUAUCACUACAACUGUUGAACCUACAACAACAAAAGCUAUCACUACAACUGCAGAACCUACAACAACAGAAGCUGCCACUACAACUGUUGAACCUACAACAACAGAAGCUAUCACUACAACUGUUGAACCUACUACAACGGAGGUUGCUACUACAACUGUAAAACCUACAACAACAGAAGAUGUCACUUCAACUGUUGAACCUACAACAACAGAAGCUAUCACUACUACUGUAGAACCUACAACAACAGAGGCUUCUACUACAACUGUUGAACUUACUACAACAGAAGCUGCAACUACAACUGUAGAACCUACAACAACGGAAGCUGUCACUACAACUGUAGAACCUACAACAACGGAAGCUGCCACUACAACUGUAGAACCUACAACAACGGAAGCUGCCACUACAACUGUAGAACCUACAACAACGGAAGCCAUCACUACAACUGUUGAACCAACUACAACAGAAGCUAUCACUUCUACUGUAGAAGCUACAACAACAGAAACUCCUACUACAACUGUCGAACUUACUACAACAAAAGCUGCAACUACAACUGUAGAACCUACUACAACGGAAGCUGUCACUACAACUGUUGAACCAACUACAACAGAAGCUAUCACUUCUACUGUAGAAGCUACAGCAACAGAGACUCCUACUACAACUGUUGAACUUACUACAACAGAAGCUGCAACUACAGCUGUAGAAUCUACAACAACAGAAACUGCCACUACAACUGUAGAACCUACAACAACGGAAGCCAUCACUACAACUGUUGAACCAACUACAACAGAAGCUAUCACUUCUACUGUGGAAGCUACAACAACAGAGGCUCCUACUACAACUGUCGAACUUACUACAACAGAAGCUGCCACUACAACUGUAGAACCUACAACAACGGAAGCUGCCACUACAAGUGUAGAACCUACAACAACGGAAGCCAUCACUACAACUGUUGAACCAACUACAACAGAAGCUAUCACUUCUACUGUAGAAGCUACAACAACAGAAACUCGUACUACAACUGUCGAACUUACUACAACAGAAGCUGCAACUACAACUGUAGAACCUACUACAACGGAAGCUGUCACAACAACUGUAGAACCUACAACAACGGAAGCUGCCACUACAACUGUAGAACCUACAACAACGGAGGCUGCCACUACAACUGUAGAACCUACAACAACGGAAACUGCUACUACAACUGUAGAACCUACAACAACGGAAGCCAUCACUACAACUGUAGAACCUACAACAACGGAAGCUGUCACUACAACUGUUGAACCAACUACAACAGAAGCUAUCACUUCUACUGUAGAAGCUACAGCAACAGAGACUCCUACUACAACAGAAGCUGCAACUACAGCUGUAGAAUCUACAACAACAGAAGCUGUCACUACAACUGUAGAACAUACAACAACGGAAGCUGCUAUUACAACUGUAGAACCUACUACAACAGAAGCUAUCACUACAACUGUAGAACCUACUACAACGGAGGUUGCUACUACAACUGUAGAACCUACAACAACAGAAGAUGUCACUACAACCGUUGAACCUUUAACAACAGAAGCUAUCACUACAACUGUUGAACCUACAACAACAAAAGCUAUCACUACAACUGCAGAACCUACAACAACAGAAGCUGCCACUACAACUGUUGAACCUACAACAACAGAAGCUAUCACUACAACUGUUGAACCUACUACAACGGAGGUUGCUACUACAACUGUAAAACCUACAACAACAGAAGAUGUCACUUCAACUGUUGAACCUACAACAACAGAAGCUAUCACUACUACUGUAGAACCUACAACAACAGAGGCUUCUACUACAACUGUUGAACUUACUACAACAGAAGCUGCAACUACAACUGUAGAACCUACAACAACGGAAGCUGUCACUACAACUGUAGAACCUACAACAACGGAAGCUGCCACUACAACUGUAGAACCUACAACAACGGAAGCUGCCACUACAACUGUAGAACCUACAACAACGGAAGCCAUCACUACAACUGUUGAACCAACUACAACAGAAGCUAUCACUUCUACUGUAGAAGCUACAACAACAGAAACUCCUACUACAACUGUCGAACUUACUACAACAGAAGCUGCAACUACAACUGUAGAACCUACUACAACGGAAGCUGUCACUACAACUGUUGAACCAACUACAACAGAAGCUAUCACUUCUACUGUAGAAGCUACAGCAACAGAGACUCCUACUACAACUGUUGAACUUACUACAACAGAAGCUGCAACUACAGCUGUAGAAUCUACAACAACAGAAGCUGCCACUACAACUGUAGAACCUACAACAACAGAAGCCAUCACUACAACUGUUGAACCAACUACAACAGAAGCUAUCACUUCUACUGUGGAAGCUACAACAACAGAGGCUCCUACUACAACUGUCGAACUUACUACAACAGAAGCUGCCACUACAACUGUAGAACCUACAACAACGGAAGCUGCCACUACAACUGUAGAACCGACAACAACGGAAGCCAUCACUACAACUGUUGAACCAACUACAACAGAAGCUAUCACUUCUACUGUAGAAGCUACAACAACAGAAACUCCUACUACAACUGUCGAACUUACUACAACAGAAGCUGCAACUACAACUGUAGAACCUACAACAACGGAAGCUGCCACUACAACUGUAGAACCUACAACAACGGAGGCUGCCACUACAACUGUAGAACCUACAACAACGGAAACUGUCACUACAACUGUAGAACCUACAACAACGGAAGCUGCCAUAACAACUGUAGAACCUACAACAACGGAAACUGCCACUACAACUGUAGAACCUACAACAACGGAAGCCAUCACUACAACUGUUGAACCAACUACAACAGAAGCUAUCACUUCUACUGUAGAAGCUACAACAACAGAGGCUCCUACUACAACUGUUGAACUUACUACAACAGAAGCUUCAACUACAACUGUAGAACCUACAACAACGGCAGCUGUCACAACAACUGUAGAACCUACAACAACGGAAACUCUCACUACAACUGUAGAACCUACAACAACGGAAGCUGCCACUACAACUGUAGAACUUACAACAACGGAAGCCAUUACUACAACUGUUGAACCAACUACAACAGAAGCUAUCACUUCAUCUGUAGAAGCUACAACAACAGAGGCUCCUACUACAACUGUUGAACUUACUACAACAGAAGCUGCAACUACAAUUGUAGAAACUACAACAACGGCAGCUGUCACUACAACUGUAGAACCUACAACAACGGAAACUCUCACAACAACUGUAGAACCUAUAACAACGGAAGCUGCCACUACAACUGUAGAACCUACAACAACGGAAGCCAUCACUACAACUGUUGAACCAACUACAACAGAAGCUUUCACUUCUACUGUAGAAGCUACAACAACAGAGGCUCCUACUACAACUGUUGAACUUACUACAACAGAAGCUGCAACUACAGCUGUAGAAUCUACAACAACAGAAGCUGCCACUACAUCUGUAGAACCUACUACAACAGAAGCUACUACUACAACUGUAGAAGCUACAACAACGGAAGCUAUCACUUCUACUGUAGAAGCUACAACAACAGAAGCUCCUACUUCAACUGUUGAACUUACUACAACAGAAGCUGCAACUACCAUUGUAGAAACUUCAACAACGGAAGCUGUCACUACAACUGUAGAACCUACAACAACGGAAACUGCCACUACAACUGUAGAACCUACAACAACGGAAGCUGCCACUACAACUGUAGAACCUACAACAACGGAAGUUGCCACUACAACUGUAGAACCUCAAACAACGGAAGCCAUCAAUACAACUGUUGAACCUACAACAACAGAAGCUAUUACUACAACUGUUGAACCAACUACAACAGAAGCUGUCACUUCAACUGUUGAAUCUACAACAACAGAAGCUCCUACUACAACUGUUGAACUUACUACAACAGACGCUGCAACUACAACUGUAGAACCUACAACAACGGAAGCUGUCACUACAACUGGUGAACCAACUACAACAGAACCUAUCACUUCUACUGUAGAAGCUACAACAACAGAGGCUCAUACUACAACUGUUGAACUUACUACAACAGAAGCUGCAACUACAACUGUAGAACCUACAACAACGGAAGCUGUCACUACAACUGUAGAACCUACAACAACGGAAGCUGCCACUACAAUUGUAGAACCUACAACAACGGAAGCCAUCACUACAACUGUUGAACCAACUACAACAGAAGCUAUCACUUCUACUGUAGAAGCUACAACAACAGAGGCUCCUACUACAACUGUUGAACUUACUACAAGAGACGCUGCAACUACAACUGUAGAACCUACAACAACGGAAGCAGCCACUACAACUGUAGAACCUACAACAACGAAAGCUGCCACUACAACUGUAGAACCUACAACAACGGAAGCUGCCACUACAACUGUAGAUCCUACAACAACGGAAGCUGUCAUUACAACUGUUGAACCAACUACAAGAGAAGCUAUCACUUCUACUGUAGAAGCUACAGCAGAGGCUCCUACUACAACUGUUGAACUUACUACAACAGAAGCUGCAACAACAACUGUAGAACCUACUACAACGGAAGCUGUCACUACAACUGUAGAACCUACGACAACGGAAGCUGCCACUACAACUGUAGAACCUACAACAACGGAAGCUGCCACUACAACUGUAGAACCAACAACAACGGAAGCAAUCACUACAACUGUUGAACCAACUACAACAGAAGCUAUCACUUCUACUGUAGAAGCUACAACAACAGAGGCUCCUACUACAACUGUUGACCUUACUACAACAGAAGCUGCAAAUACAACUGUAGAACCUACAACAACGGCAGCUGUCACAACAACUGUAGAACCUACAACAACGGAAACUCUCACUUCAACUGUAGAACCUACAACAACGGAAGCUGCCACUACAACUGUAGAACCUACAACAACGGAAGCCAUUACUACAACUGUUGAACCAACUACAACAGAAGCUAUCACUUCUACUGUAGAAGCUACAACAACAGAGGCUCCUACUACAACUGUUGAACUUACUACACCAGAAGCUCCCACUACAACUGUAGAACCUACAACAACGGAGGCUCCAACUACAACUGUAGAGGCCACAACAACAGAAGCUAUCACUACAACUGUAGAACCUACAACAACAGAAGCUGCCACUACAACUGUAGAACAUACUACAACAGAAGCUACAACUACAACUGUAGAACCUACUACAACAGAAGCUGCCACUACAACUGUUGAACCUACUACAACAGAAGCUGCCACUACAACUGUUGAACCUACUACAACGGAAGCUAUCACUACAACUGUUGAAUCUACUACAACAGAAGCUAUCACUACAACUGUAGAACCUACAACAACAAUAGCUGCCACUGCAACUGUAGAACCUACUACAACAGAAGCUGCAAUUACAACUGUAGAACCUACUACAACAGAAGCUGCCACUUCAACUGUUGAAUCAACUACAACAGAAGCUAUCACUUCAACUGUAGAACCUACAACAGAAGCUGCCACUACAACUGUAGAACCUACAACAACAGAAUCUGUCAUUACAACUGUAGAACCAACUACAACAGAAGCUGCCACUACAACUGUUGAAUCUACUACAACAGAAGCUAUCACUACAACUGUAGAACCUAAUACAACAGAAGCUACCACUGCAAAUGUGGAACCUAUUACAACAGAAGCUGCCACUACAACUGUGGAACCUACAACAGGAGCUGCCACUACAACUGUGAAACUUACAACAGGACUUGCCACUGCAACUGUGGAACCUAUUACAACAGAAGCUAUCACUAUUACAACGGAAUAUAUCACUACAACUGUGAAACUUACAACAGGAGUUGCCACUGCAACUGUGGAACCUACUACAACAGAAGCUGUCACUUCAUCUGUGGAACAGUCUACACAAUCUAAUGGCAGCAUUAAUUCAACCAAACUUUAUUUAGCUGAUGAAGCAGACGACACCCUUCGAACCCUUGGUAUUGUCAUUGGUGCCAUAGCAGCCGCUGCAUUCGUCAUUGCUGUAGCUGUUGGUGUGGCAGUACUCAAGUUUGGUGGUACGAGAAACAUCAGACGAGCUGAUCCAUUCCAUCGAAGAGUCAAUCCUUCAAUAGAGGAUGAUAUUCAAAUUGAAUCCGACGAUGAACUUUUCGCUGACUACAACGACAGUGCUCUUCCUCCGCGUUCAACAACACUUAUAAUACUCGAACCAGUAGAUUCAAACUGUUGAAACUGUAUACACUACAAACUUAAGGAACAUACAAAUAACUAAUGAUGAUUGAAAAAGGACUCACAGUUAUAACUAAUUCUGAUUGGAAAAGGACUUGCAAUAACAUAUAAUGAUUGAAAAAAUACUCGUAAUAACUAAUUCUGAUUUAAGAGGGACUCGGGUGUGUCGAGCGUCAACAAAGUGCCUUUGUGAAGCAUUAAUGUGUGUAUUUUGCUUUGGGUUGCGGUAUAAUGAUGUCGAACAAUUUAACGAGAGCAAAAUGUCUUGCUCGAUUAAAUAAAUUAAUUGGUUUAAAAAUCAUGGUAGUAACAAAUCAUUUUUAUACUAUUUUGUAAAAUAUGACAUAUGUAUUAUACAUGUGUUUUUACAUAUGAUUUCGUAUAUAAAGUUUGUUUUAAAUAA